CUGAUUUGUGUGUAAAUCUGUUCAGUUCUGAACAGUUGGUGAUCAAACUAAAAAGAUUAAGCUAGGUAAAUUUCGCAUCUGAUGGCAAUCGAUCAACAUUGUGUACAGGUAUUCACCAAUUCAGUUUCAAACAAUCACUGACAAAUAUUGAAGAAUGUCUUCAUAAUGUAUCAUGCUUAUUACUUGAUAGAUUAGAUACGAUUAGUUGUUUUAGAUAAUGCCUGAUAUGUUCAGGGAUGAAUUCAGCGCGGAUACAAGCAAUAUCUACUUAAAAGCCACUGCUCUCAUACAACACAUACUAUCUGCUACACAUGAAGAGGAGCAGGAGUUGAAAUUAUCAGGUGAACAGGCAGUGCAUUUACGAGAAGUCAAUAACAAGUUGCGUGAGCGUAUUAUUAAUGACGAAAAGCAGGUGGAUAGUCUGAUAUCUAGAUUGCGAACCGUAAAGCGCACAAUCAAGGAGUUGCGUGCUUCCAUUGAAAAAUCAAAGUCAACUAAGAUUGCUUACUUAAAACAAAUUGAAUCUGAAAAUCUUCCUGAAGAUCCAUUUUUUUCCAAUGAAUUUGAAAAUUGUACAUUAGCACAAAUUUACAAAAUGAUCCAACCAUUCGAACGCUUACUUGGAAUUCAGAUACAGAAAACUCAUUCUGGACUACUACAAUUGUUAUUUCAUGGCUGUUCAGGAGCUCUGGUUGAAAGUGAUAAUGUAGUUGUAUGUAAUUGUCAACUUCGUCUUGUAAACACUAAUCGCUUCGAAGUAGUGUUGUGUGACCCACCCAUACCGGAUCUAGAAAGGCUCGUAAACCAUUUAAAUUGGACUGAAGAUAUACGAAGUUUCAUUAUUAUACUAAGACAACGUUUUUGUCGUUACUUUGAAUUAGCCGCUGCAGUCUCUAAUAAAUUAAAUACCGAGUGACUAAUUUAUCAAGUAACAUAUUGAUAAUGUAUUCUAAUUUACAUAUAUUAUGUAUGCAUUUAUUUAUAAUCUAUGUUUAUUUUACGCUUACAUCUUAUAAACAGUGUAAAGAAAUAUAUAUAUUCUAUGUGAUUA